GUAUGCAAACAAUGCAAUGUUAUCAAAUCAAACUAGACCUGGUGAACCCUAUCAUUUGCCGCACAAACAUACAAGACGAUACCGAAGAUUGAUAUCGAGAAAAACAUCACUCGAAAAGGGAAAUCUAUUGGUUGCAAAUUAUUUUCUCUUUCGCCUUGUGAAAAUGGGAGAUCGCCGUCAUUUUAAUCGGAAUUUGGAUCAGGAUGGUCCCCUCUUUCCAAGGAGCAAUUUGGAACAAAAUCUCGACCAAUAUUUUUCAUCCAAUCGGCAGCAGCAGCAAUCAAACGCAUUUUCACACCCGCCAAUGAAUGGCUUUAACAAUAGGCCAGGUAAUCGUUAUGAUGAUACAAUGAUCCCUACUGCAAGACCAUCACGAACCACGAAAAGGGAUGAUGUGAAUGUGCCUAGCUUUUUUGAUCAGAGUUCCUCACAAUCAACACGUAGGCGUGAUAUGGACUCCCGAGAAUUCGGUGAUGGCAAUUAUUACCGAAAUCAAAAAGAUUAUGACGAUGAUUUGCACAGACGUCAAGAUGAGCGCCAGCAUUUCGGAAGAAGCGAAGAGCUUAAUCGAAGUUCCGGUAAUGAGCAGCAGAAUUUCCGAAGUAGGGAAGAGUUUCAUCCAAGUACCCGUAACAAGCACCCGAAUUUUGAAAGAAGGCAAGAAAUUAAUCGAAAUUCCCACAACAAGUCGCAGGAUUUUAAAAGAAAUGAACCAUUUAAAAUGAAUUUCGGUGAUGAGUCGCCUAGUUUCGGAAGAAGAGAAGAAAAUAAUGGAAAUUCCCGAAGUAAUCGGGAAGAAUUUAAUCCAAAUUUCCGUAAUGAGCAGCAACAUUUCGGAAGAAGGAAAGAAUUUAGUUCAAAUUUCCGUAAUGACAAACAGAGUUUCGGAAAAAUGAACGAAUUUAACCUAAACUCCCGUGAUGAGUCACAGGUUUUCAGAAGCCGGGAAGAAUUCAAUCCGCAUUCCCGUAACGAGUCGCAGGAUUUUAGAAGAAGGGAAGAUUUUAAUGUAAACUCUCGUGGUAACCGUGAUUUCAAUGGCCGCGACAACUUCAAUGCUAGAAGAAGCCAAGACAAUGCCACAGAUUUUACUCGAAGAGCAGGGAACAAUCGCCAUGAUUCUUCAAGGGAUUUUGGUGAAAUGAACAAUGAAAUGCAAUUUUCGAAUAGAGAUAAUGCGAUAGAUGGAGAUGGCUAUCAACGAAAUGAUAGAUAUAACGAUGAAUUCCCUCGUAUGCCAAUGGAUAAUCAGAGGAUGGAUACUGUUACUCGUUACGAUGUAUUUAAUGAGCGUAAUAGAGAACGUUCUCGCUCUCGAAAUGACCGGGAAAUGGACAACACAAAUCUCUUUGCCCGAAGGGAAUCAAAAAUGUCAAAUACUCAGGAUGGCCCUAGAAAUUAUAAUGAAUUUCAAAGAGGUGAUUUUGGUAAUAGCACAAAUUUCCGAAACGAUCAAGAGUUGGGCAAUUACGACUAUAGAAAUCGCCAAAAUGAAGCACCAUUUUCUAACAACUACAAUAGAGAGUUUGGUAACAAUUCUAGUUUAGAAAAUAUUCCUGCAUUCGCUGAUACACGAAACAAAUUGAAUCCAUCAUUUAAUGAUAAUUUUGCACAAUUUCCUAGGGAUGAUUUCCAAGACAUCAGAGGUGAUUAUUUCAAUCAACAACCACCACCAACAUUUGAUGAGACUCCUGGUGGUUUUGGCAACAAUCAGCAGCAUGGCUUCAAUACUUUUCCCCAAUUUGGUGGUAAUGACGGAGGAUUUAAUAAUGAUAGGAAUUUUGGAAAUACUCGUGGAUUUCCUUCAGGAAAUAAUUCUGCAAAUUUUCCAACAAAUUUCAACAACAAUGGAAACGGUAUGGGUCCAAGGAACUGGUCACAUGCUCAUGAUAAUCGAAAUCAUUCCAAUCAAGAAAGAAAUUCCAGACCUCUUAACAAAAAACGAAACCGUUCCAGGAAUAAAUCGAAAGGUGGUCGGGAAUUUUCUCCCGGAAAUAAAAACCCAAAACGGACAGAUAAUCGCUCUAACAAUACAACACCCCCACAAGCAAUUCCAACAGAUCAGGCAAAUGACAAAAGGAAUCGAAAGGGUAAAAAGAAAAAGGAUGCCAAUUUCAUAAGACGUCGCCGUCAAGCCAACAUUCUCAAGGACGAGGCCAAACGUCUCGCCGAGGCGGGUAUUCUAAAGAAACCCCCCAAACAUCUUUCCAAAUGUGAACCAGAAAAAUAUUGGACCGAUUGGUGGCCCAAGUACGCCUACAUUGAAAAGGCUGCUCAAAAAGUCGAUCCGAACGAUGAAGCUGUUAAGGAGUUCAUUGAAUUCACCUACGAACCGACGAGUGUUAAAUUUGAAAACCGUAAAAAACUUUUAUUACGUAUCGGUUGUGCGAAAAUACAGAAAAACCUGAACAUUAAUGAGAUCAACUACCACUUGCGGGAUGUUUAUAAAUUAUUCGUGUAUCGCAAACAUUUACAAGAUCCCAACUUUCAAAAACAUCUCAACGAUGAGGAAAAACGUCCCGUCAAAAUGGCAUUGGACAAUCUCAGAAACAAAGCCAAAUGGGCACUUUUGUUGCAGAGUUUAAUACACAAAUGGCAUGCCACCAGUGAACAACAACACGAAGCAACUCGCAAUCGAAAUGCCAUUAAAUUACAGAACGAUAAACUAUUUCAUUAUUUGGUAUUGGAGGCCAUUGAUGAUUUGAAGACUUUGUGUGCCAAUGAAUGGCCUGGUUUUGAAGAUUUCCAUCAAACAUUGAUGACAUCACUUGAAGGCAAAACAUAUCCUAGCAACCCAGUAUUAUCUGAAAAUAAGGAAGACCAUGAGGAUGCAGAAGAAGGCACAGAUGAUGAUGAUAAUGAUGAGGCCGAAGGAGAGGAAGAUAUUGCUGAUGAUGACAAUGCAGAAGAAGAGGAGGAAGACGAUAAUGCAGAGAAUGCUGAAACUACAGAUAAACAAGAAGAAUAAAUGCAUCUACCUUUAGAAUAAGAACCUAACACUACUCGUGUUGUAUUUUUUAAAUACAAGCAAACACCCACGAUUGAAUUACAUAAAUAUAUAUUUAUUUUAAAGUAUGAAAUAAAAAAAUGUUCAUAUGAAUAUUUAUCCGAACAA